GCUGGCGGGAGCCUCCCGGUGCCUGAUUGGCCAGGAGGAGGGGCGUGGGCGGGCGAGAAGGCGGUCCCUUGGCCCUGGCAGGCGGAGCACCCCGGCCGGGCUUGCAGCGGCUGGCUACAUCUGGCGGCGGCUGUGGCAGGCAUCCCUCUUGCGGCCAGUCUCGUGGGUGAGCACCAUGAAGGCUGACCUGUCCGGCUUUAAUAUCGACGCCCCCCGCUGGGACCAGGGCACUUUCUUGGGAAGGGUGAAGCACUUCUUCAACAUCACGGACCCCCGCACCAUCUUUGUACCGGAGCGGGAGCUGGACUGGGCCAAGGCGACAGUGGAAAAGAGCAGGUUGGGGGUCAUGCCCCCAGGCACCCAGGUGGAGCAGCUGCUGUAUGCCAAAAAGCUGUACGACUCGGCCUUCCACCCUGACACGGGGGAGAAGAUGAACGUCAUCGGGCGGAUGUCCUUCCAGGUCCCCGGCGGCAUGAUCAUCACGGGCUUUAUGCUGCAGUUCUACAGGACGAUGCCGGCGGUGAUCUUCUGGCAGUGGGUGAACCAGUCCUUCAAUGCCUUAGUCAACUACACCAAUAGGAAUGCUGCUUGCCCCACAUCUGUCAGGCAGAUGGCCCUUGCCUACUUUACAGCUACAACCACCGCAGUGGCCACGGCUGUGGGCAUGAACAUGUUGACCAAGAGAGCUCCACCCUUGGUGGGCCGCUGGGUGCCCUUUGCCGCCGUGGCUGCAGCCAACUGUGUCAACAUCCCCAUGAUGCGCCAGCAGGAACUCCUCCAGGGCAUCUCCGUGAAGGACAGGAGCCACAAUGAGGUCGGCCAGUCCCGGAGAGCUGCGGCAGUGGGCAUCACCCAGGUGGUUAUCUCCCGGAUCACCAUGGCAGCUCCUGGCAUGAUCUUGCUGCCAAUUGUCAUGCAGAGGCUGGAGAAGCUGCAUUUCAUGAAGAGAGUCAGGGUCCUGCACGCCCCAUUGCAGGUCAUGCUGUGCGGGUGCUUCCUCAUCUUCAUGGUGCCAGUGGCGUGUGGGCUCUUCCCGCAGGAAUGUGAAUUGCCGGCUUCCUUCCUGGAACCAGAGCUCCGAGACACCAUCAAGGCCAAGUACGGAGAACUCAUGCCUCACGUCUACUUUAAUAAGGGUCUCUAAGCGCCCCACCCCAGCCAGGACCAGUGGAACCCCUGUUCACCGGCUCCACCUUAGCCACCGUUCCUCAGGCCUGCGGCUGGGGUGGGUGGGUGGGAAGAUGCCUCAUGCAGGCACCUGGACUGUUGGACUCCUCUAGGGGGUACAGAUGAAGAGGGGAGCAGAGACCCAAGCCCUCGCUCUGCUUUCUCCUUAACCCUCGGCCCCAGGAGACCAGCGCUGAGGCCCUCACAGGAAGUUGCUGGGCCUGAGGCAGGCAGUCAAGGAAGUCAUGUGGAGAAAUGAGGAAACUUCUAGGAUUCUGGCUGCAGCCAGGCCUGGGGAAGAGCCUCAGGGCCUCCCUUCUUCCUCGUCCUCUCCCAAGUGAUGGGACCACUCUCCCGGCCACUCCAGCCUGACGGAGGAGGCAGGGAGGACAUCCGUGUCCACCUGGAGCCCACCGUCCUCGCGCUUCUCCCCGUCGCCCAGAGCCAGAGAGCCGCCUCGGGAGCGCUGCCCCGCCUGAGCCUGGCGGGCCCCGGCAGUUCGGGGCCGCGGGGUUCCAUGGUGCGCCACGCCCUGUCCGUGGGCACUGACUGUUCCGUCUUAAAAUCGUGCCUGAGUCUUUCCUUGGCGUCUUUUUCCAUUGCCGUGGAAGUUCUCAUUCUUCAUCGCCUCCGGCCUCUGUUAUAAAAGAUAAACCCACUCGCCGUGAGGGACAAGCACGGAGGGAAGCGUUCAUCACACAUUUCCGUGGGGGUCAUUUCCUGGCUGCCUCCCUUCCUCAGAGAAAGACCACUGUGUCCGGAUAGGAAGGGGAAGUUUUACUUGGACACCUCUAGGAGGACGUCGGCCAGGACCAAAGAGCCUCUCAGACCAGGCGCAGGGCGCAGCCGCUUCCCUUCUGCUGCCCCUGCGGGGUCGCUGGCGCUUACCUGGGGUCGGUGUGGGUGCGUUCUGUCUGGUAGGAUCUGCUGGCUCUGUGCCGAGGACGUCACUGUGACCUGAAUAAAUCACUUGCGAGAGCAUGGGAAA